CACAGCUGCGGCUGGAGGCGACAGGUGGUUCAUGUCAGACACGUCACAGUAGGUGCGCUGAAAGCACGUCUUCAACUAAAAACGUGACGACGUGCUGACUUCCUUUUUAUCUGAAGACGUGUUCUGGUUAUUUUGUCCACGCUCUGUUGCCUCCGGACAGCAGGCGGCGGGAACAGGCCGGAGCUGCACACCACCGAAGAAGAAGAAGAAGAAGAAGAAGAAGUAAUGGCGCGGUGGUUGAUGUAAACAAAGAUGUUUUAUUGUGCUGAUGAUCCGCUGAGAAACAGGAAGCUGUGCGGUUUCCUCCCGGUGAGAAGAUGAGCCGCGGCGGAGCAGGAGGAGAACCGGAGGGACGUUCAGCAACAACACGGAGACACAGACUGGAGUCUUUCCAUAUUGAUUUAGUCUGAACUACAGAGGCCCUGAAGGUCCCCACCUGACAGAACACCUCCAACCAGCUGCAGUUCCACCUUGCACCCCGACCCCCUCUGACCCGCUACAGCUCGGUGCGGUCCGAUCCAGGUGGCGAUGGCGGGACGAGGUCGUGGGCGGGGCCGGAGGAUGAUGACUUUCAGCGUGGAGGCAGUCGGCAUCAACAGAGGAGACAGUUUACCUCCGUCCAUCCAGCAGCCUACACCUCUGUUUCCCGUGAUGGAGCAGAAGCCCCUCCCCCUGGCAGGUGGGGAGGAGGCGGAGUACCUGUUAGCUCUCAAACAGGAGUUCAGAGGAGCCAUGAAGAGUCUGCCCUGCUUCAUCCAGCCAGCUGCUGCACACAGAG